GCUCCCUUCCUCCCUCCCUUCCUCCCUUCUUCCCUCCUCCCUUCCCCGCCCGCCAUGCACCCGCGGCGUCCCGAGGGCUUCGACGGCCUGGGCUACCGCGGGGGCGGCCGGGAGGAGCCGGGCCCCGGCGCCAGGCCCUUCAGCAGCGCCUCGGAGCUGGGCCACUGGGUGACCAGCCCGCCCGACAUCCCCGGCAGCCGCAACCUGCACUGGGGGGAGAAGACGCCGCCGUACGGGGCGGGAACCCCCCAGGGGGGCGCCGGCCUCAACGAGGAGCCCAACCUCGGAGCAGGCGGCCCCGGCGCCGAGCAGUUGAACAGGUUUGCAGGCUUUGGUAUUGGCCUUGCAAGCCUAUUUACAGAAAAUGUGUUGGCACAUCCUUGCAUUGUUCUACGUCGUCAGUGUCAGGUUAACUAUCAUGCUCGGAAUUAUCAUCUCACUCCGUUUACUAUUGUCAAUAUUAUGUACAGCAUCAAUAAGACACAGGGUCCAAGAGCUCUCUGGAAAGGAAUGGGCAGCACUUUCAUUGUUCAGGGCAUAACCCUGGGAACAGAAGGCAUCAUCAGUGAAUUUACACCUUUGCCAAGGGAGAUUUCGCAUAAAUGGAACCUCAAGCAGAUAGGUGGACACCUUCUACUCAAAGGUUUAACACAUGUGAUAGCAAUGCCUUUUUAUUCUGCGAGCCUCAUUGAAACUGUGCAGAGCGAGAUAAUUCGAGAUAAUCCUGGCAUCCUGGACUGUGUGAAAGAAGGAAUCGGCAGAGUUGUAGGCAUGGGAGUACCCCAUAGCAAGCGUCUCCUUCCUCUGAUGGUCUUGACUUUUCCAACUGCUCUACAUGGAGUCCUUCACUACAUCAUCAGUUCCAUCAUCCAGAAGCUUGUUUUAUUUGUUCUGAAAAGGGAUAAUUCUCACAACCUUCCAACUGAGAGCUCCGCUUCUGUGCAGAGCAUGCUGGACGCGUAUUUUCCAGAACUUAUUGCUAGCUUUGCUGCUAGCCUUUGUGCUGACGUCAUGCUUUACCCACUGGAGACCGUUUUACACCGCCUUCAUAUUCAGGGGACACGCACAAUAAUUGACAACACAGACCUUGGCUAUGAAGUGCUUCCGAUCAAUACUCAGUAUGAGGGAAUGAGAGACUGCAUAAAUACUAUAAAACGGGAAGAAGGAAUGCUAGGUUUUUAUAAAGGAUUUGGAGCUGUUAUAGUACAGUAUACCUUGCAUGUGGCAGUUUUACAGCUUACCAAAAUUAUUUACGCAACACUGCUUCAAAAUGUUUCUUAAUCUGUUCAGGUGCGGGUUUAGCACAGUAGAUGUGAUUGACUUACUAACUUAAUUAUUGUUUAAAAAACUUGUUUUAAAAAUGGGGAUAUAUGUUCCUAAGUGUAAUUAAAGUACUGUUUAAAAUUGAAUUGAAUAUAUAAUGUGCAGUCACACAGAAGGGAAUCAGAUUUCAAAUGUGGUUGGAGUGAGGAUUUACCUUUCCUCUUACCAGUUUAACUGGCUUAAGAAAUGGAUAUGAAUUCUUAAUAUUUGCUUUAUAAACAUCAGAUCUGACAUUUAAUUUGAACUCUUAGCCAGUUCAAAGGAAUUUAUUUUCAUAAUUUUUAGAAACUUGCAAGUAGAAUACUGAUGGGUUUACUGGUCUUCUAAGAAAUGUUUUCAACUUCACUGUUAAUGUAGCCAUGAGCAAAAUAGAAACUGUAGAAGUAACUUAAGUAGACAUAAAUGUCAUAAUUUACAUAGAAGACUUCUUUGCUGCAGUGUGACAGAAGAUGAUGAAGAAGAAUCCUUUGCUUUGUACAAAAAUAACAAAAACUCGUUUUUUUGGCAAAGUUGCAUAGAAUGCAAAUUUGGCUGUCUUGCAGUUUGUUUGCAAGGCUUACAGUAACUAAAGGGUGCGAAUAAAGCAAAUUAGAAACUGAUGUAUGCAUGUGUAAGUGCCAUUUUUAGUUGACUCCACUCGUAACUUCAGGGUUUAGUUUUACUCUGCUGCUUUGUGUAAGAGUAGAAUAAUCUUACAAAUGUAUGUAAUAUCAGUGUUCAUAGUGUAUGGAAAGCUUAAAAUAAUUGGCUAUAUCUAGAGUUUCUCUUUUGUUAGAUCAAAGAUGUAUUUACUUACUAUUUAGCACUGAUGUCCUUCAUUUAAAGUCUCUGUUGGAUUAAAUACUUUGGAGCAAAAUUUAGUCUUGUUUAUGUGCAAGCAAACAACGGAAAUGUACCAUUUUUUCCCCUCUUCCCAUAGCAAAUCAAGACUUUCUGUCUGAAAAUGAGUUCUGAGCAAUCAAAAUAACUUGGUCCUUGGUUUCAUCAGUAAAUAUCAUGAAAAUUGGGGGGAAUGAUUUUUAACAAAUAAAACAAGCACGUGUAGAAUAGCUUUUAAAUUAUGAGAGGCUUCUACCUCUUUCACACUUUCAUGUGGCAAGUCUUAUAUUUGUGAAUACUGUAAAUUGAUGUGUGUAUUAAUCAUUGUAUAGUAGUUACCACAUAUGGAAAGUAGUCAUGGCAAAAUAAUGAAAAGGUGUUGCUGUUCAUAAAUCCUGACUAAAUCAUUUGCAGGUCUGUUUUGCUAUUAUUAGUCUAACUUUCAUGUAUUUUAAAUGCAUACGUGUAGAAAUGAAAAGUAUAGUGAACUUGGGAACUGGGUUUAUUUUCAAAUACUGUUAAUUGCAGAUUUAGUGUAUAGAAUUGAAGCAAUUAAAUAAAAUAAGAAUUCACUGUAAAUAUUUUGAAGUAAUUCAC